UAGUCUUAAAUUGUGUUUUUUUGUUGUUUGAACCAACGAGCCAGGGCUGACUCAGGUGACGUCAUCAAACCGACAGCUUUCAUGCUGUUGGUUGAUUUUAUAUCGACUGCUGAUAGGAGCUCAUGUUGUUUCCUUCUCCGUUUAACCACAAUUGCUACGAGAGAGAUCUCACAUGUUUUUAAAAAUCUUUCAUUUGGGCCAGCUGUGUCUGACAAAAGGGUUCGAAUCAGCAGCAGCAGCAGAAAAAAAAAAACAACAUCCAUAUUUUAUAACACAGCUGCUGUGGGGGAGGCGAGCAGCACACUCAGUCACACCUCCACAGUCUAACCAGCGGAAGUGUUUUACUUUUCUUUUCUGUCGAACUUCGUCGUCUCCCUCAUCUACUCAACCAGCCUCGGCGUUGUGAGAGAGGUGGCAGAAUAUUUCCUCUCCUCUUUCUGUCUCUAAUGUCUACAGACAGCAGCAGUUUUGGGUUAUCCAGUCCUGUGUAUUUUUAUUAUAACUCAAACAAACUGUAUGUGGAGUAUUGCUUUUGCCAGCACGGUGAAGUCGUCAAAGGCGGCAGCGAGCAUCCGCCUGCUAGAGAUUGAGAAAACUGACAAGAAAGUUGAUUUCCAGCCUCAACUCUGAGACGCUUGGACGGAAUGACGGCCCGUGUGAUCGUCAAAGAGAAGGACCAGAACCCGGACGUGCUGAAAAGGCCGAGCAGCAGUGAGACGAGCCGAGAAGGCGUCCACGACUAAGGCGUUAUGUGAAGCGUCUGCAAAUCUCACUGCUGGAUAUCUGCGGACUGUGCAUACAAAGGCACAUUUAAGGUCUCAAAAAAAGAAAAGAGAGAGAAUUUCUAAGUCGGCUCAACAAGCUGAAUGACCGCUGAACUCUUAAGGGAUGGAGUAACCACAAGUCAGGGCUGCCAAUCACCUGCUAUGAGAACGACACGGAAGUACAGCACACAGAGAGUGAUCGCCGCUUUUGACUGCCUUGUGAACACUGUGUCUCUCCACAUCGAAAAGCCCCACGAAAACCACACCUGAGACCAUUUCCUCCAAACCAAAAACAUCUCGAGGGGGGCAAGACUGUUCGGAGCAGCCAUGAAUGGCCUAACUGAGAUGUCGGUGAAGUGUGUCCUGGUCGGCGACAGCGCCGUGGGCAAGACGGCCCUGCUGGUCCGCUUCACCUCAGAGACCUUCCCGGACAUGUACAGGCCAACAGUGUUCGAGAACACCGGGGUGGAGGUGUACAUGGACGGGGUUCAGAUCAGCCUGGGGCUGUGGGACACGGCGGGCAACGACAACUUCAGACAGAUCCGACCGAGGUCCUACCAGCAGGCCGACAUCGUCCUCAUCUGCUACUCCGUGGCCAACCCGAACUCGCUCGCCAGCGUCCAGCACAAGUGGAUCGCAGAGGUUCGAGAGAACUUGCCCAAGGUGCCCGUGUUGGUUGUGGCCACCCAGACGGAUCUGCGGGAGAUGGGGGCGUACAGGGGCAACUGCAUCUCAGCCGCGGAGGGGAGAGAGGUGGCUCAUGAAAUCCGCGCCAAAGGCUACGUGGAGUGCUCGUCCUUAAGCAACCGGGGCGUGCAACAGGUGUUUGAGUAUGCCGUGCGGAUGGCCGUGAACCAGGCCAAGAAGCGGGCCAGGCGGCGGAUGUUCAGCAUAAACCAGUGUAAGGUCUUUUGACCUUUGACCUUGACUUGGUGGGCUCCUGAGCCUCCAUGAGCUGACUUUUUCAAUGGUACUGUGUUUUCAGCGUGCUGUUCAAACUCAGCGAGGGGCCCAGCUACAAGACCCCAAAGUUUUAUUAUUUCGACACGGUUCUUUUUCACUAACGGGGUGUCCUGCCCCCUCGAGACUCUGCUGAAAUCAAACCAUGUUCAAAACUGAGUUGAUUUGACCCUAAUAGAUCCUCAUGCAAACGGAGGAGGCUCAACUUUUGUGUUAUCCAGACAGAUGUAAAACAAAAAAAAAGAAAAGAGUUGUUUGAAUCUUUUGAUCUGUUUUUUUUUUCUUUUUUAUGUGAGCUACAGCGCAUCACAUGGAUGUCUUUCAAAUGCGGCGUCAGAGAACGCGUGCGUCUCAGAAAAAAUCCCCCAGGAACUUUUGUUGUGAAAUGUCCUUUUUAGUUAAAGCAUUUAAAAAGUUUUAAUACUGAGAAAAGGCACAUCACUCCUCAAAGCAGAGAGUAUCUUAAUGUCCCAGUUUGUGGUUGCAUCAGUAAAUACACUUUUGAAUUGCAGCGUAUAUUUAAGUGCCUUUACUACCACGAACAACGUGACACAGCGAAGUACAUUUUACAGUUGCGUGGUGUGAUUUGCACGUGGCAAAAUCAAAUAAAGAACAAGUAUUUUCUUAUACUUCUCUUGUGCAUUUGUCAGCGAUGACUUGUUAAUUUGUGCUGUGUCGGGCCGCAGAUGCAGCACACUGUCUAUUAUCUCCGUAGAGAGGAUGACAUUUUAUUAAACACAACCAGGGAAUAAACUGCCAAAGAGUCGACAAGCAAGCCUACAGGCUUUAUGUUUCCCUUGUUUUUUUUAAAGGUUAUGUGUAUUUUAUAUAUAAAUCUGUAGAAUCUAUUUAAAAAAUGUGUAGUUUGAGAUGUUUACUCAGACAUCAGUUGCAUUGAAAUGAAUGAAAUGAAUGAAGAAGUUUAACCUUGAGAGCAAUGGGACAUUUUGACACUUCAUACAUCAUCCGUCACAUGUAAGUGUAUUGUGUUUUUGUUUUUUGUUUUUUUUUUGUGAAUUUUAUUUUUGUUUUAUUUAACUGUAUUCAUCUGUUCAGGAAAUAUUGAGACAUUAACUGCUACAUCUGUAUUUUAAAACCCAUCCCCGUCGAUCUAAUUCAUUCUCCAUAAAUUAAAACUAAGGAGUCAUUGCAUCGACGCAGCAUUGUUUUAUCUAAAUCUGUACUCUUUUUGUUUAGUUAGUUUUUUUUUUUUUCCAUAGUUAGACUGGUUACAACUGUCUGACAAAUAUCAUUGUCUGACCCUGGUCUUCUAUCAUGUUGAAAGAGUUUACCUUCGGGUGCAUACAUUAUGAAAUCACCCGUUUCUGCCUCACUUACCCGCCGUUUGUCAAAUAAACUGUCAGAAUCAUUAACGCUGCACACCGUCUAAUUUGUGCCCUC